AUGGCUCCCACUCUUGCCACAGCCCACCGGCGCCGCUGGUGGAUGGCCUGCACGGCCGUCGUGGAGAACCUCUUCUUUUCCGCCGUUCUCCUGGGCUGGGGAUCCCUCCUGAUCAUGCUCAAGUCGGAGGGCUUCUACUCCUACCUCUGCUCCCUCCCAGGUAAGAAGCCCCUUCAGAACUCGACGGGGGUGCCCGGGAACGGGACGGCAGCCCCAGAGCCGGAAGUGGCCCGCAUGAACGGCUGGCUGAUCUGCAAGGAGCAGGACGAGAUGCUGAAUCUGGCCUUCACCGUCGGCUCCUUCCUGCUGAGCGCCAUCACCUUGCCCCUGGGCAUCGUCAUGGACAAAUACGGUCCGCGCAAGCUGAGGCUGCUGGGCAGCGCCUGCUUUGCGGUCUCCUGCGUGAUGAUCGCCUACGGGGCCAGCAACCCGGACUCUCUGUCGGUGCUGAUCUUCAUCUCCCUGUCGCUGAACGGCUUCGGAGGGAUGUGCAUGACCUUCACGUCUCUCACGCUGCCCAACAUGUUCGGGGACCUGCGCUCCACCUUCAUUGCCCUCAUGAUUGGCUCUUACGCGUCCUCGGCAGUGACGUUCCCCGGGAUCAAGGUGAUCUACGACCUGGGCGCCUCCUUCAUCCUCAUCCUGCUGAUUUGGGCCGGCUGUGCGGGCCUCGUCUUCUUCAACUGCUUCUUCAACUGGCCGCUGGAGCCCUUCCCAGGCCCCGAGGACAUGGACUACACGGUGAAGAUCAAGUUCAGCUGGCUGGGCUUUGACCACAAGAUCACCGGGAAGCAGUUCUACAAGCAGGUGACCACGGUCGGCCGCCGCCUCAGUGUGGGCAGCUCCAUGAAGGGCAACAAGGAGGCCCCGGCGCUGCAGGACGGCAACAAGCUCUGCUUCUCCACGGUGGAUCUGGAGGUGAAGUGCGAGCCGGACAGCGCAGCUUCCCCAUCCUUCAUGCACAGCGUCUUCAGCCCCAUCUUGCUGCUCAGCCUGGUCACCAUGUGCGUCACGCAGCUCCGUCUCAUCUUCUACAUGGGCGCCAUGAACAACAUCCUGGAGUUCCUGGUGGAGGGCGACCUGGAGACAGUGGGUCUUUACAGCUCCGUCUUCGGAGUCUUGCAGCUGCUCUGCCUCCUGACGGCACCGGUGAUUGGCUACAUCAUGGACUGGAAGCUGAAGGAGUGCGACGACAGCCCUGAGGAGGAGGACAAUGGAGACGCCAGCCCCCCGGGUGAGAAGAAGAAGAAACCUCGGGACCGCCGGAUCCAGAAGAUCUGCAACGCCACCCGGGCUUUCGCUUUCACCAACGUGCUGCUGGUGGGCUUUGGGGUCACCUGCCUGAUCCCCAACUUGCCUUUGCAGAUCCUUUCCUUCAUCCUGCACACCAUCGUCAGAGGCUUCAUUCACUCGGCCGUCGGGGGUCUCUAUGCUGCUGUGUAUCCCUCCACGCAGUUUGGCAGCUUGACUGGGCUGCAAUCUCUCGUCAGUGCCCUCUUUGCCCUCCUGCAGCAGCCCCUUUUCCUGGCUAUGAUGGGCCCCCUGGAAGGAGACCCCCUCUGGGUCAACGUGGGGCUGCUGGGGGUGAGCAUGCUGGGCUUCUGCCUGCCCCUCUACCUCAUCUGCUACAGGCGGCACCUGGAACAGGAGAAGCAGCAGAAGGACGAAGACGCCAAGCUCUUCCUCAAGAUCAACGGCACACCCAGCGAGGAGGCCUUCGUCUAG